CGGAAAUCCCAAAAUAUUUCUACGAAAUCUUUUUACUUAAACGUGAAAUUUCCUGUUUUCUUAAGUAAGAAUAAGUAAUAUAAAAUUGUACUACAAUCUCAAAUGAAUCAAAUCUUGAACCCAGUUUUAAUAUUUUUUUUCAAAUAACUUGACCCUUCCUUAAGUUUUACAUUGAUACUCAGAUUAAAAGCUAUCACUAAUUCGAGUGACACAAAAAACAAAAUUUCAAGCAGGAUUUCAUCAAGAUCACGUCACAAUAGAUGAUCAUUGAAGAUAGAGAGCCAUGACAGAUGCCUAUUAGCAUUUCAAAAUUACUCAUUUGUGCCACUCGAAAGAGAAAUCUAACGAGAAACAAACUCAUGUCGCUCUAAAUCUUCAAAGUUGAUAAAAAUGACAAAUAAAAAUUGGAAAAACCAAAGAUUUAGUCACUCAGAUCUGAAUUCAUUAAAAUCCAAUUGUAGCGAUAGCCUUUACACUUUCUACAUAUUUAAAAAGCAAUCAUGUGCAUCAAAAAAAUAUAUUAAAAGGAAAUUCAGUGUAAUCACAAUUCACAUUUUUUUGUCUCAGGCUUAAAUUCAUUCAUUUAGUAAUUCAUCCUUUUGUUUACUCACAAUAACGAGAGUCGGAAAUAAGAAAUAAGGAAAUAAAAAUUGAAAUGAGAAAACUCGGAAAACUUGGUAGAUGAAAUGAAAAAGGAACAUAUUUCAUUUUAAUUACCCUUUAAAGUUCAUUAUAUGAGCUGUCUCACAUGUGCUACAUUUAUAUACUUUUAUGGAAUCAUAAGAUCCACAUGAGAAUGAAUUACUACGGUAAUUAUGUGUGUGUGUGAGUGUGUGUUUGUGCGGGGAAACGGAAGAAAUAAUUGUUUUGCGGUUUUAAUGAAACAAAUUGCGGUGGAAAAAAAUUUCAUAAUGUCGCAUCAUUUUCUCUCGACAGGGAAUUCUUACACAAGUAGCUUAGACAAAAAUACAACGAAUAUUAUUUAUGAUCCAACUGAAGAAAUUGACACAACAACAAGUAAAUUGUUGACGACAACGUCUGCAUCAGUAUCAUCAACUACGAUGGAAUCGACAACAUUUUCGACGACAACUGAAGAUGACUAUUCAGAUAACGAUGAUUUUACAACAAUAGUUUCAAGAACGGAAGCACCUACAACUACGACGUUUAGUAUAACAGUUCCACCAACAACUUCGUCCACAACAACAGUAAAAACUACAACGAGUAUAAUUGAAGGAUCUGGAUCAGGUUACAAAGUGUCAACAAAAAGUCCACAAAACCUGUAUGAUGACGAAGAUUAUGAUAAUUUAGGAAGCGGCAGUGAUGUUUGAAAAAAAAUGCAAUAUUUAGGAACUAAAAAUUAUUCAAAUAAACAUAAAAUACGUCUUUAUCUUCCAUAUGAAAAAUGAAAAUUAUGCCAUAUAUAUUUCUAAUGCUUAAAAAUUACUUCGCAUUGUUACACAAAUUACAAAUACAGCAGAUGCUACAUAGCAAUAAAUUUAUUCAUAAAAUCUACGCAUUCUUUUUUCGGUUGUUUCGAGGAGAAAUUUGUUUGCUUUCUAAUCCUCUCUUCUACAUUAAAUUAUUAUUGGCAGUAAAAUGUAUUGUUAUAAGUAUUUAUUAACAAAUAAAAAAUUGCUGUAAACAUGUGGAA